AGCCACAACGCGAUUUGUGGGAGUCAUGGCGGGCUUGGUUGACUUCCAGGACGAGGAGCAGGUGAAGUCCUUCCUGGAGAACAUGGAGGUGGAAUGUCACUACCAAUGCUACCGCGAGAAGGACCCGGAGGGUUGCUAUCGGCUGGUGGACUAUCUGGAAGGAAUCCAAAAGAAUUUUGAUGAAGCCGCAAAGGUGCUGAAGUUCAAUUGUGAGAAGUACGGGCAUGCUGACAGCUGCUACAAGCUGGGGGCCUAUCACGUGACUGGAAAGGGUGGCCUGACUCAGGACCUAAAGGCUGCCUCUUCCUGCUUUCUGAUGGCCUGUGAGAAACCAGGAAAGAAGUCUGUGGAAUCCUGUCACAACGUUGGACUAUUGGCACAUGACGGACAGGUCAAUGAGGAUGGCCAGCCUGACCUGGGGAAGGCCAGGGACUACUACAGCAGGGCCUGUGAUGGCGGCUAUGCAGCCAGCUGCUUCAACCUCAGUGCCAUGUUUCUACAGGGUGCCCCUGGCUUUCCUAAGGACAUGGGUCUGGCGUGUAAAUAUUCAAUGAAGGCCUGUGACCUAGGCCAUGUCUGGGCCUGUGCCAAUGCCAGCCGCAUGUACAAACUGGGGGAUGGUGUUGAUAAGGACGAGGCCAAGGCCGAAAUGCUGAAAAAUAGGGCCCGGCAGCUGCACAAAGAACAGCAGAAAAACGUCCAACCUAUAACGUUUGGGUAAUGUGUGGCCCCGCCCUUCCAACAACAGAUGGUUUCACCCUGGCAGCUCUUCUCCCAUCCCAGAGGUCACUCAGUGCCAUCUGCUCCAGAGUAUCACCUGCUGGAAGUGGCCGGAAGUGUUUAGUAAAUAAUCUUUUGUGUGUA